AUGAUUUUAAGACGGGAUGGUGAUACAGUGAAUGGAAAUACUGUCCCAGAAUUUCAGCUUUUCAGCUUUCCCCAUGGCUCGACUCGCGAUUUGGCCGACGUUCACCUAACGCUGCUUUCGGACGCCGAGUAUUUCAUGUUUAACAAAAUCUGGUAUCCAGUUUUCAAUCAAAGCAUUUCGAUUUACGGCUCCAGUGGUUAUAAUAAUAUCACGGAAACGGGUUUGUGGCAGAGCUUGAAUAUUGUGCAUUUCAACUCGACCGCUUAUGGAAACAAUGUAGGAGCACGGUCCACGAGCCUAAUGAACAUGGUGAAGUAUGGUGGCUAUAAUAUGGGCGGUCAAUCUCAUUCUUAUGGCGCGUUUUUGGAACUUGUGCCGUCGUGGUCCCAGUUGGUCACUGGCAGUGUCGGGUUU